UACGAGAAAUUGCCGACUGACCAACAGCAAGUCAAGAGUAAUUCCGUGCGACAAUGGAUACAAUGCGCUCUUAUUUAAUAUGUUGGGUCCUGUUUCUUGGAGCGGGAAUUCAGAUAUCCAUCGCGUUGCAGUGCCACUGCCAGUGGUGUAGUAACAGCACCUGCUACACGGACGGCCUGUGCUUUGUGUCCUUCGUGAAGUCGGGCAGUAAGAUGGUGGCACAGGGGAGCAUGUGUUUACCUGAGGCAGACCUCAUCCCUAAGGACAGGCCGUUUGUCUGCGCCCCCUCGAAAAAGGAGAACACUGGGGUGGUCCCUGUCUGCUGCAACACAGACAUGUGUAACAAAGACUCCGACCCCGGCGACUACUCGUUGACAUUCCCCACAGCCCGUACACCUCCCCUGAGCCCAGUGGCCCUGGCGGCCGUCAUCGCGGGGCCGGUGUGUGUGCUGUGCUUCGUGCUGCUGCUGGUGUUCUACGUGUGCCACAGCCGCUCUGUCGUCCACCGCCGUGUGCCCAAUGAGGAAGACCCUGCAAUGGACCAUCCCUUCCUGGCCGAUGGCCACACCCUCAAAGACCUCAUCUACGACAUGACCACCUCAGGCUCCGGAUCAGGCCUGCCCCUGCUGGUGCAGAGGACCAUAGCAAGGACCAUUAUCCUGCAGGAGAGCAUCGGGAAGGGGAGGUUCGGAGAGGUGUGGCGGGGCCGCUGGCGAGGAGAGGAGGUGGCCGUCAAGAUCUUCUCAUCUCGGGAGGAGCGAUCGUGGUUCCGCGAGGCUGAGAUUUACCAGACGGUCAUGCUGCGCCAUGAGAACAUCCUGGGCUUCAUCGCCGCCGACAACAAAGAUAACGGCACAUGGACCCAGCUGUGGCUGGUAUCAGAUUACCAUGAGCACGGCUCCCUGUUUGACUACUUGAACAGGUACACGGUGACAGUGGAGGGCAUGAUUAAGCUGUCCCUGUCCACCUCCAGCGGCCUGGCUCACCUGCACAUGGAGAUCGUCGGCACGCAAGGUAAACCAGCUAUUGCCCACCGCGACCUGAAAUCUAAGAACAUCCUGGUGAAGAAGAAUGGUACCUGCUGCAUUGCUGACCUGGGAUUGGCUGUCCGCCACGACUCCGCCACCGACACCAUCGACAUCGCCCCCAAUCACAGAGUGGGAACCAAGAGGUACAUGGCACCUGAAGUCCUGGAUGACUCCAUUAAUAUGAAGCAUUUUGAGUCGUUCAAACGUGCAGACAUCUACGCCAUGGGCCUGGUGUUCUGGGAGAUCGCACGGAGAUGCUCAAUAGGAGGUAUCCACGAGGACUACCAGCUGCCCUACUAUGACCUGGUCCAGUCAGACCCCUCGGUGGAGGAGAUGAGGAGGGUGGUGUGUGACCAGAAACUACGGGCCAACAUCCCCAACAGGUGGCAGAGCUGCGAGGUGCUGCGGGUGAUGGCUAAGAUCAUGAGGGAGUGCUGGUACUCCAACGGGGCGGCCCGCCUCACCGCAUUGCGCAUCAAGAAGUCCCUGUCCCAGCUCAGCCAGCAGGAAGGCAUCAAGAUGUAAACUAGAGACAACACCACCUGACUGUCUGAACUCUCGGUCCCCAUCUAUGUGCUGUUCUCCUCGUCUCCUCUUUCUCUGAAGAAGGAGGGAGGGAGGUGAUGGUACAAUCAGGUGGGUGUGUUUAUCCUUCUAUGACUCAUUCCUUCAAGGCUGAUUGGAGAGAUUGCUUCUCUGCUCUCCUCUGAGAUGGCAUUAGGACAUGGGUUGAUUCCAGUGGAUAACUUGGAUAAUACUCUGUCUGGACUCUGGAUGCAGAGACACAGCCCCCUGACCCUCCUGUUGGUUUGCCUGACUGGUUGCAACAAGCCCUUCUUUCUUACCCCCAACAGACGCUACUGGACUUUAUUGGGACCUCUUGUAGGAAUUCCAUUGAAAAUAUUCUGAAUCAAUUAAAUUAGUUGCAUUGAAAGAAAAUAUAAAUUUUCAAAUACCUCUCUCUGGUUAUUUCUCAAAGUACUGCCAUCAGUGUCUAUUUAAGUGUUUCAUUCAAACAGGAUUGAGUAUGCAUUUAUUUCUUUCACUCAACAUCUUGUACCUUUAACAUUUAUUUUACAAAUGCCAGUUCCAUAUUUGUGUAUACUUUUGUCAAGAAAAACAGGAUAUGACCACCAUUAAGACUUGUGAAAUAUGCAAUAUUCUAUUCAUUGCUAUGUACUGGUAACUGCCAAAAUAAAGGAAACACUUGAGUAAAUGAGGGAUACAAAGUAUAUUGAAACCAUGUACUUCCACACAGGUGUGGUUCCUGAGUUAAUUAACCAAUUAACAUCCCAUCAUGCUUAGGGUUAUGUAUAUAAAUUCCCAGUUUCCCAUUAUUUUGGCUGCCAUUGCUAGUAGAAUAGAUCUGACUUUGAAAGAGGGGUUUCAAAGGAGUAUGGGGGGUUUAAAGGGUGUGUAACCAGAUCUCAACCUAAUUGAACAGUUAUGGGAGAUUCUGGAGUGGCACCUGAGACUGCAUUUUCCACCUCCAUCAACAAACCACCAAAUGAUGGAAUUGCUCGUGGAAGAAUAAUGUUGCAUCCCUCCAAUAGAGUUCCAGACACUUGUAAAA